CCGCACCAGCGAAACCUGGGAAGGGGACGGGUUGGGGUUGCGGGAACCAAAAACAAACCCCAAAACUCCCGCAACUUUUGUACAUACCUUAUCUUCACUUUUUUUUUAACGAAACACAUGUCAAGCCUCGUGUACAUAGACAAACAAUCAAUCAAACCAAAUCAAAAAUCUAGGACUUUUCCCUCUCUCCCGCUCUCUCCACACAUUAUCUACCUUUCCCCCCCCCCCCAUCUAUAG